AAGGACGUCACCAAUUAGACAAUUCAACCGACAAACCCGAUGGUAUUGGUCGUAUCCGCCGAGGGAUGUCUAGGUUGCUUCCCUUCAAGUACAUAGCUUCAUAGCACGAGAUUCGGUCAAGCUGUCAGCUAUGCGCAUCACAACCGCCAGCAGUCAUGUAAUAACGAUACUUCAAGUUGUGUAAUUUUAACCCGCUGACCUAUAUAUCUUGAUUUUAUGGGAUGAAUUCUAUGUUUUGUUUGGCUUUGGGGUAAACAAGGUUUGGAAAUUUAAGCAAAAUCCGCAUCAACUCGUCUCCCAUUAUCGGUCACCAUGGCGGUGCAAUCCAAACUUGUUCUUCCCGAUCGGUCGAUUAAGAGUGCUGUUGCGCAUUUGACGACGUUGUACGUCGAUAAUCGAACCCGGAUUUCACGCGCCGUCUACCUUACUCUCCUCGUCGCACUCGUCAACCGCGUCCGACAUGCCAUUUCCGAGCAGAAAGCUGCGUCCGCACGCGAAGCGGCUAAGCGACGAUCGGGUACAACCUCGAGCGACGGUGACGAUACGACGAAGAAGAAAAAGGUCGAGCUGAACCGCGAGUUCUUUAAGUCGCUGUUAAAAUUACUAAAAAUAGUCGUUCCUGGCGCGCGGAGCAAGGAGACUCGGCUUCUCGUUAGCCACAGUUUCUUUUUAGUAGUACGGACGCUUAUCAGUCUAAAAGUUGCCGAGAUGGAUGGCGCGAUCGUAAAGGCACUUGUAAAAGGAAGUGGUAAAGAGUUUCUCACGAGAAUUGUGUGGUGGAUGUUGAUUGCUGUCCCUGCGACAUUCACAAAUUCCAUGCUGUCGUACCACCAAGCCGAGUUAUCUCUUCGGUAUCGAACUCGAUUAACCCAGUACAUCCACGACAAAUACCUCUCCCAGCUCACGUUCUACGGGAUCUCCGCACUAGAUGAUCGAAUAAAAAACCCAGAUCAGCUUAUAGCAGUCGAUGUUGCCAAGUUCUCCAACAGUCUGGCUGAGCUAUAUAGCAAUCUAGCAAAACCAAUAUUAGACAUGACUAUUUACACUUGGUCAUUAUCAAAGAGUGUUGGCGGCGAAGGUGUUAUGUUUAUGUCCCUAUUGGUACAGCUCUCAGCCGGUGUCAUGCGCGCUUUAACACCUCCGUUUGGGAAAUACGUUGCGGACGAAGCACGGCUUGAAGGCGAGUUCCGGUUCCAACAUUCGAGACUCAUCGACCACAGUGAAGAGGUGGCACUCUACCACGGCCACGAAGCAGAAAAGGAUACUCUCGACAAGGGCUAUUUUACGCUUAUUAAACACGUCAACUACAUAUUACGUCGGCGAUUCUACCACGGCGUAAUGGAGGAUUUUGUCAUCAAAUAUUUCUGGGGUGCUUUAGGUCUCCUACUCUGCAGCGUGCCCGUUUUCUUCAAACUACCCGGACAGCUAGCCGGCACUUCUAGCAUGGGCGACCGAACAGAGUCGUUCGUAACCAACAGGCGGAUGUUGCUCAGCGCAUCGGAUGCUUUUGGACGGAUCAUGUUCUCCUACCGCGAAAUCAUGGAGUUAGCCGGUUACACGUCACGUGUUGCAUCGUUAUUGGACGUUAUGGAUGAUAUCCAAGCUGGUCACUUCGAGAAGAAGCUAGUAUCUAGCUCGGGUACUGAGGAUAACGCAGCAGUGUUGAAGGGCAGGGGGAAAGUAGUCGAGAGCAAGGACAUCAAAUUCAUCGACGUGCCGAUUAUCUCCCCUAACGGAGAUGUUCUCGUAAGGGCGCUAUCAUUUUCGCUUAAGCAAGGUGAUCAUCUUCUCGUCGUUGGUCCAAACGGUUGCGGGAAAUCAAGUCUCUUCCGAAUCCUAGGAGGCCUCUGGCCUGUGUAUGGUGGUACUGUCUACAAGCCGCCUUUCACGGAUAUUUUUUACAUUCCACAACGGCCAUACCUGUCGCGGGGAAGCCUCCGUCAACAAAUCACAUACCCGGAUAGUCUACGAAGUGUUCGUGCGCGCGGGGUCACUGACGCCCAAUUACUAGAUAUUCUCAAGAUUCUCUCCCUCGAGCAUCUUGUAGAUCUUUACCCCGAGGGCUGGGAUGCAGAGGCAGAGUGGCGCGACGUACUCUCAGGCGGACUGCAGCAGCGCGUGGCCAUGGCUCGUCUCUUCUAUCACAAACCGCGGUACGCGAUCCUAGACGAAUGCACGAGCAGUGUGACGCUCGAGACCGAAAAGGUCAUGUACGAUAAUGCGAAGGCUUUAGGAAUUACAUUAAUGACGGUCAGCCAUCGGCGAAGCUUGUGGAAGUAUCACAGCAGGAUCUUGCAGUUCGACGGACAGGGUCACUAUGUGUUCACGAAACUCGACGCCGAGAGAAGAUUGAAGCUGGAGGACGAAAAAGAGGACCUGGAAGUAUUAUUAAGACAGGUGCCGGAAAUUGAGAGGAGAAUUGGCGAGUUGACCGCCGAAUAACGGCAGGGAAAUGGAAUUGAAGGAGGGAAUAUGAUGUACAUAUAUAAGAGGGAUGGGAUAUGGGAUUUUUAGCCUCGUGUACCAAGAACAGGGACCAUCUAUGUCCAGUGGAUGCAUCAACAUGGUAUGUUGGCAAUUAGCUUGGGGACACCGCAUUUCUGUCAAACACCACUACAGAAUUUUCGUCUGUGCGGGAUUUAUUAAUUGGCCUCAAUGUGAUCUCUGACUGUUGAGCCCCCGGCCUCUUCAGCAAGUUAAGAGAUGGCGAGAUGAUCUAUGUGGGACGUUAGAAAAUCUCUAUAUCAUCUACCCACUUUACCCCUCGAGCCUCGCCAGCUAUAAUGACAUGGAUAUCACGAUGAGGCUGGUCUCGAGACACUUAUAUAAUAAACAAGGCGACAUUAGUAAACAAAAUUGAAUCCGGUUUAGCUCGGGUUUACGUCUACUUCAUUUUAACUCCAGGUUGCAUUAUGCGCGUACCUACGUAGUCAGGUGCAUAUCUGCAGGCAAGACAUAUAUUUGAUAGGGAAAAAAAACAAUUAAGA